AUGGGAACGACAAACAGGUAUUGACUUCCCUUUCCUCUGUGGCUGAAGUGAUCAGCAAAGCGUGUGUUCACUAAAUCAUCACUUAAUUGGUCCCAAAUCAGUGACACUAACCGGCAGUCACACAACACUCCCACACAAUGGGUGCCUAUAAGUACAUCCAAGAGAUCUGGCGCCACAAGCAGUCGGAUGUGAUGCGAUUCCUCCUACGGCUGAGGUGUUGGCAAUACAGACAGCUUAAUGUCAUCCAUCGGUGUCCCCGUCCGACCCGCACAGAGAAGGCCAGACGUCUUGGAUAUCGAGCCAAACAGGGAUUCGUUGUCUACAGAGUCCGCAUCAGACGCGGUGGCCGUAAGAAGCAGGUGCCCAAAGGUGCCACUUAUGGUAAGCCUAAGAACCACGGCGUGAAUGAACUGAAGCCGCGCCGCAACCAUCAGGCGAUCGCCGAAGAGCGGGUCGGCCGACGAGUGGCUAAAGCGCUGCGAGUGUUGGGCUCGUAUUGGGUGACACAGGACUCGUGCUUCAAAUACUUCGAGGUGAUUUGUAUCGAUCCGUUCCACAAAGCGAUCCGAAGAGACCCGAAAGUGAAUUGGAUUUGUGCGCCGACACAGAAGCACCGGGAGCUUAGAGGCCUGACCAGCGCUGGUAAGAAACAUAGGGGUCUGAGAGGACGCGGACACGGCUAUAGCAAAGUGAUCGGUGGCUCACGUCGUGCUAAUUGGCGCCGAAGACAGACAUUACAGUUGCGCCGAAAGCGAUAAUCAAUUGAUCACUUGUUUGAGACUCUGAUUCGUAACUGUAUUUCAAAACCAGAAAUUAAUAAUAAAAUUAACUUUCACUUUGA